AUGACUUGGCAAUGGAGGAGAAGAGAAGAAUGGAGCGCCGAGCCAACGAGGACGCGAUUGCUGCUCAGAACGGACAAGCCGAAGGCGAUAGCCCCGACAAAACGUGCGGUGCAUCAAGCAAGUGGCCAGCGCGACUGCCCGAGAGAUGAUGGUGACGAAGCCCAACAAGGCAAAGCUGCUGGCGAACCACUCAUCCCAACCUCUCCCCACGUUGAAGACGCUGAACCUGGUACAUGCAGCGAUGAGCAGGACGCUGGAUCGGAUGCUGCGGACACCCAGUCUCCUCAGUCGCAAGGUAACGAAUGA